AUGUCGGAAGGAAACGCCGCGGGCGAGCCCAGCGCUCCGGGAGGGCCCCGACCCCUCCUUUCUGGGUCGCGGGGGCUUAUUGGGCGAAGGCCGGCACCUCCCCUCACCCCGGGCCGCCUUCCCUCCAUCCGCUCCAGGGACCUCACCCUCGGGGGAGUCAAGAAGAAAACCUUCACCCCAAAUAUCAUCAGUCGGAAGAUCAAGGAAGAGCCCAAGGAAGAAGUAACUGUCAAGAAAGAGAAGCGUGAAAGGGACAGAGACCGACAGCGAGAGAGCCAUGGACGGGGCCGGGGGCGCCCAGAAGUGAUCCAGUCCCACUCCAUCUUCGAGCAGGGCCCCGCCGAAAUGAUGAAGAAAAAGGGGAACUGGGAUAAGACUGUGGAUAUGUCAGACGUGGGGCCCUCUCACAUCAUCAACAUCAAAAAGGAGAAGAGGGAGACAGAUGAAGAAACAAAACAGAUCCUGCGCAUGCUGGAGAAGGAUGAUUUCAUCGAUGACCCUGGGCUUAGGAAUGACACUCGAAAUAUGCCUGUGCAACUGCCGCUGGCUCACUCGGGCUGGCUUUUUAAGGAAGAGAAUGAGGAAGCAGAUGUUAAACCACGGCUGGCCGGCCCCAAGGAAGAGGAUAUGGAGGUGGAUGUGCCUGCUGUGAAAGUGAAAGAGGAGCCCCGAGAUGAGGAUGAGGAGGCCAAGAUGAAGGCUCCUCUCAGAGCAGCCAGGAAGAUCCCAGGCCUCCCGAAGGAUGUGUCUGUGGCGGAGCUGCUCAGGGAGCUGAGCCUCACGCAGGAGGAAGAGCUGCUGUUCCUUCAGCUGCCGGACUCACUCCCCGGCCAGCCACCCACUCAGGACAUCAAGCCCAUCAAGACGGAGGUGCAGAGCGAGGAUGGGCAGAUGGUGGUUAUAAAGCAAGAGAAAGAUCGGGAAGCCAGGCUGGCAGAGAACACUUGUACCCUGGCUGACCUGACAGAGGGACAGGUCGGCAAGCUGCUCAUCCGCAAGUCAGGGAAGGUGCAGCUCCUCCUCGGCAAGGUGACUCUGGACGUAACGAUGGGGACCACUUGCUCUUUCCUGCAGGAGCUGGUGUCCGUGGGCCUUGGAGACAGCAGGACAGGCGACAUGACAGUCCUGGGACACAUAAAGCACAAACUUGUCUGUUCUCCCAACUUCGAAUCCCUGCUGGAUCACAAGCACCGGUAA